AUGUCCGAUAUAAAAUUCCCAAAAAUAUUACCUGAAGUUGAGUUUAACAUCUCAGCUACAGGGAUUACAAUCUCCAGUAUGCGCUAUACAACUCCACGGUUUCUUCCUUACGACCAAGGAGGGAAAUGUCGUAAGUGCAGGAGCACAGAAGUCGAAUUAGAUUUUAUUAUAGUAAAGGAAGGGGUUGUAGUCUAUUGCACCCGCUUUGAAGGAAGUCGAUUUGUUCCCUUCGAUUCAUUAUACGAUUUACCAGGUCAUUGCUUCUUCAAAGUAAAGAACAAAGGCCGUGUAUUUAAUGUACCAUACAACGAUACUACUCACAUUCCAUGCACCAAAACUGAACCAGCUGAACCAAAACCUACCCAAAGUCUCCCCACAAUACCCGAAGAAGUGACACAGAUACCCCAACCCCUGGAUAACCUUCCAACAAUGGAUGAGUUGGAUGAUUUCUUCCAGAGUUUAGACGCAUCAGUGACAGGCAUUCCAACCGAUUAA